AAAGAAGUCGGAGUAGCAGAGUUCCCCCCAACAUUCCAGUUUAUUUUGUGCUUCCACUUAAUUUCCACUGCAAAAGAUCUGGAAUAAACAGUCCCGUAGCUCUUUAGUUUCAGAUUAUAUAAAGGAUAAGUUGGGAGUCCUUUUUGUUUUGUAUAAUGCUACGCGCUGGAACUCUUUUCACGACGCUGUUGAAUGCGUCACGAAGUUAAUUGAAUCAAACAACGAGGAGUUAUCAGAAUUAUUUCUUCAUUUCAACAUUGAACCAUUUACCAAAGCCGAAGAAGAAGAAGAAUUUCUCUUGAAAUAUGUAAGAAUCAUGGAGCCUUUCACUCAAGCCUUGGAUGUUCUUCAGAAUGAAGAGAAAAUGCUUUAGGCUGCGUUCUCUCAACCAAUAAAUUGUUGCAAGAAAAAAUGGAAGAAUUUUCAAAAGAUUCUUCAAUCGUACAUUGUGAAUCUCUUGUUCUGGCAAUAAUAUCUGGUCUUCACACAAGAUUUGGAGAGAUGUUCAAGAACGUUCACAUGCGACUUGCGUCAGUAUCUGACCCAAACUUUAAAACUAUUUGGGCGGAUGAAAGUGAGAAGGAGCAGCUGAUAACUUUGUUGAAAUCAACAGUUCGUCGUCACAAGGCUUUCAAUUUGAAUCCUGUCUCUGAAAACAAUGGUGGUGAUGUUUCAACAAAGAAAAAAACCUGGUUUCUAGAUGGAUACAAAACAAAACGGGAUUCUUUAGAGGCUGAUGAAGUGGAGAGCUACCUUAACCACGGGAGUACGAAAUUAAGCUCAUUACAAAGGUUCCCUACAAUAAAAAAAAUCUUCAUGGAAUAUAAUAGUGCAUUGCCAUCGUCGGCUGCAUGCGAACGUGUCUUCAGCACUGCUGGCUUGAUUUUCACAGCAAAAAGAACUCGAUUAUCGGAUCUCAACUUUGAAAUACUAGGGUUUUUUUAAUUAAACGGGGAAUGCUGCCGUUGUUGGAUCGAUAGUCCCACAAAAACAUCGAAAAGAUAGUUCACUGCAAUUCACUGGAUUUUAUUUAAACAUUCCAACUUUGACGGACAGUAAUACAGAAAUAAACUGAAAUUUUCUAAAUGUUAUGAUCGAAAAGAGAUCGAAUUGAGCGAUCGAUUUAUCAUUUCUAUUUCAGUGAGCGAUGAGCGAGCGAUUGAUCACUUUUUGGGAAUGAUCUAUGAACGAGUGAUUGAUCUCUUUUUGGUGAUCAAACAACAAGUCUAGUUCCUCUUAUAUGAUUUUUAAAAUGUUAUUUCAUACCAAAGUAUAUGUUACAUUCACAAUAAAAUACAUACAAAUUA